UAAUUCCUCCGCUUAUUUCAGUUUCGAUGGACGAAAUCAGUUGGUAAGGAGAAAACUCUCAAAGUCUGUAAACUAUUACUCUCAACCAACAACCAUGGCGGCUUCAAUGGCGAAACCCAUCUCAAUAACCUCUCUCCGUUUCCAUUCAGAUCGAAAGAACGUUUCUUUCUCUGAUUGCAUUUCGAUUUGCUCUGGAUUCCGACAUUCCCGACCGUCUUGCAUCGAUUUGGUCACAAAAUCACCGACCAACACUCGUUUUUCCCAUCUCGUUAGAGCACAAAGCUCUUUUGAUUACACUCCAGACUCAAAAUUCUACAAGGUGGAAGCAAUUGUCAGGCCAUGGAGAAUCCAGCAUGUUUCUUCGGCUUUAUUGAAAAUCGGGAUUCGAGGUGUUACUGUAUCGGAUGUACGAGGGUUUGGUGCACAAGGUGGAUCCACCGAGAGACAUGGUGGGUCUGAGUUCUCCGAAGACAAGUUUGUUGCUAAAGUUAAGAUGGAAAUCGUUGUUAAGAAAGACCAGGUGGAAUCUGUAAUCAACACCAUAAUCGAUGGAGCAAGGACAGGAGAGAUUGGUGAUGGCAAAAUUUUCGUUUUGCCGGUGUCAGAUGUCAUAAGGGUUCGGACAGGUGAGCGUGGAGAAAAAGCAGAGAAGAUGACUGGUGAUAUGCUUUCACCAUCUUAGGAACAAACAGAGCUCGAGAAUAGCAUUAUCAUUUUCGGUCUCAAGAUCGAGAAUUUAUGCUACUAAUAAUGAAUGGAGUCUGUGUUUAGUUUCCUGUUGAAUCUAUCAAGAUGUGUUUUAAUUGUACAUGAAUUAUGCAGAAACAUAUGUCGUGGUUCUCACUCUGUUCCUAAUAAAAACAUGAAGUCUCUGUUUUUUUUAUC